UGGCCGGAGAGUGGCUAGAUCAAAAUAAACCAAGUGGAGAAAGCAGUCACUAUACCAGACUGCAAUAGAAGGAGAGACAGACAGAGAAAGAGCCACACCACCUAAGACAAAGCGCCUAGGCCUCCCACUCAGAACUUUAAGGACUUAUACCUUGUGAGAACAGAGAAACACAUCUAUCCAGACAUGGAUAUCCAGACCGGCCAGGUGACGCACCAGCCCAGCCCCAGGGAGAGCCUGGAGAGCCAGCUGAGCUGCCCCAUCUGCCUGGAGAUGUUCCAGAAGCCCGUAGUCAUCCUGCCCUGCCAACACAACCUGUGCCGCGGCUGCGCCAGCGACCUCUACGACUCCCGCAACCCUUACCACUACUCCGGGGGCAUCUUCCGCUGCCCCACCUGCCGCUUCGAGGUCGUCCUGGACCGCCACGGCGUCUACGGCCUGCAGAGGAACCUGCUAGUGGAGAACAUCAUUGAUAUCUACAAGCAGCAGCCGGAGAGCAGCGGCGGAGAAGUAGGAAGUAACGUUGCAGACCCACCGCUGAAGGACAAAGACACCAAGGAGCCCAUGUGUACGGAGCACGAGGACGAGCGCAUCAAUAUUUACUGUGUGACCUGCCAGACGCCCACCUGCUCCAUGUGCAAAGUGUUCGGCCAGCACAAGGACUGUGAGGUGUCACCCCUGCAGAGCAUCUACGAUACCCAGAAGGCCGAGCUGCGGAACGCCGUAGAUCUCCUUGCGGCGGGUAACAGCUGUGUCCAGGCCGUGAUGGCUCAGAUGGAGGACACAUGCAAGAGCAUCGAGGAGAACAGCCAGCUUCAGAAGAGACGUUUGGGGGAGAGCUUCGACUUGCUCUACGCCAUCCUGGAGGAACGUAAGGGCCAGCUCCUGGAAAAGAUCACCCAGGAGGAGGAGAGGAAGCUGGGGUUGCUGAGGUCCCUGGUGGAGAGGUACACGGAGCAGCUCCAGGCUAGUAUCAACCUAAAGGAGAAGGCGGCCCAGACCAUGGAGAAGGGCAAUGCAGCAGAGUUCCUGAUUAGUGGGAAGGAGCUCAUCGCACAGGCCAAAGAGGCAGCUAAAGGCUCCAACUUAGAGAGGCCUGAGCCUGGGUUGGAGAACAUGGAGCACCUUACACUGUGCACAGAAGACGUGGAGGUCAUCUUGUACCAAAUGGGCUUUGGACUGGGGGAUGAUGAUGAUAAUGAUGAUGUGGUGACAGAGGAAGAAGAAGGGGAGGAGGAAGAAGAAGAGGAGGAAGAAGAGGAGGAAUAGUAAAAACUCUAACUCAAGACUGUAUUAGAAGUACUGUAUUAUUGCAGUUGAGGAGAGGUUUGGGCUAAGAGAUAAGGAUUGGUUUGAUGAACAAGCUGCUUUUUAGAAAGAGUAACUAGUUAUUUAUCAACUAGUUAUAACUAGGAUAUUCACUGUGGUGAAUACACAAUUUAGAGCCAAGGUGGAAAGUGCAAUUCUGAAAAGUCGUUUUUUUUUCACUAACAAAAUGCAACAUUUUGUUUAGACGUAUUCUUUUUUUUAUACUUUUGUAUUUCUACGUGUUUAUACUGUACUGUUUUUUGAUAUCUACUGAAAUAGAUAUCUCAUGGAAAUAACUAAGUUUACACUUGAACUCGUUUCACAUAAUGUACAUUGCUCAAGUCUAGACUAGAUUGAAAAAAAUAUAUAAAAAAAUAUAGCAAAGCAUUAUUCAUGUUGUGUAUAAUAUAUCGUUGUCUGUCAAACUAUUGAAAACUUGAAUUGCUGCAAAAUGCACUUAAUUCACUUGGUGUUGUUUUUUUAACACAACUGUAAUUUUUCUAAUGUAAUUGACAGUUUAAAGAAAUAAAGUGUUGUGGAAAUAC